AUGCCAAGGAACAACGCCGCGCUAAUCCUGGUCAACGACCUCCUGUCACCACUCGAUGUCCGACUCCCUCUGACUGAUGAAACGGAGUCGGUUUUUCACUCUUGUGCAUGUGUGAUCUCUAGCCACGAAAAUGAUCUCCUUCGAUUGGUCACAUCGACAAAUAUGAAACGUGAAGCCGCGUCUGAAUCGCGAGGCUGCAAUAGUGAGAGUGAUGAGCGACCAGCAAAAGUGCCCCGGCGAGGAAGCUCAAGCACGAAUCCAGGGCCCUUGAAGCUCGGGCAAGACCUCGGCAGAGUACAGCAGCCACUCUCUCCACUCUCGCCUGAUUGUAAUAGCGAAGAUCCCAAUACCCUAGAGCAUCGAAUACCACCUCCGUCUCUCACGCAUGCGCCCACCGAGCUCACGGACGGAAUAUAUCAGUGGAUACCUGCCCCAUCGGAGGUCGACGCGCUUGAGACAAUGAGUCAACCAUCAUCGAAAAGGUCGCGAUCACGUUCGAUCUCAACGGAUCGGGGGCGUGCUCGGUCGGUUUCGUCGGAGAACAGCGAGAGCAGCUCGGCCCGGGACACCAGAUCAUAUGCCUACAGAGCCGUCAACUAUGUCACUAUUUUGGAAACCAAGGGCUGCUUCAUGCGACCGUCCCCCGCCGGCCCGGUACCCGACGAUAUUGCGCUUUGUGAGCGCCUUCUCGCUCAGCCGGUCGAGCCUCCUACCGGUACACUUUUCGACGACUUGUACCUCACAGACUUCCAUAAUGCAUUGCGGAAUCGAUCUGAAGCGCGUCUCCUGGUGGACCUACACCCCCUCAUUAUGCCAUCCGCGGAAAAUCAGUACAUCCAGGGGAAUGAAUCCUUGAAAGACGUGAUUGAUGGAUACAAUGAUCCGUGGCUGAAGACCGAGCCAAUAUACGGUCCGAAACCGCAGCCCGACCACGCGCGCGGAUUGAAGUGGUCGACCUUUUCCGAGAGCCAGCGGCGCAAACUGGGGAUCAAGCCGGACGAGAAAUCACCGUAUACGGCGCGAGAGGAUAUGUACUUCCCUUACUUGACGGCAGAAAUCAAAUGCGGGAACCAAGCGCUGGAGCUUGCCGACCGGCAGAAUAUGCACAAAGAGGUGCAUCGACGGAUUUUGGGGUUUUCGGUCUCUCAUGAGCUCGAAGGCGUUCGUUUGUACGGCUACUAUCCUGAGGUCGAUGGUGGCAAAGUGUCAUUUUACCGCUGGCCGGUGGCGCAACUCAACAUCUGGACCAAAGAGGAUCGGUGGACAUGUUAUCGGUUCGUGGAAAACGUGGAUCGCGAAUUUCUGCCUAUCCAUACUCACCGGCUAUUGCGGAUACUUGAAGGAGUUCCGGACCCAGACGAGGGUUCUUUAAGUGUCGUUGUCGACGGUCCUGACUCACAGCUGUCCGUGGGUGGAUCGCAGGAACGUCUGGGGUAUCGCAGAGUUGCAUCCUCGCAGAAUCGUGGUUUGCAACCGGAGCUACGCAUGAUGGUUCAAACAUUACAAGAACAAUUGGCUGAACAGAAGGAUCGAGAGGAGAAACGAGAAGCGGAGCAGAAAGCACGGGAAGAGAAGCGAGAAGCAGAACAGAAGGCACGGGAAAAGAAACUUCUCGCCCAACUAGAGCAGCAAAAGCUCCAGGAAGAGCAACGAGAAAUGGAACAGAAGGCACACGGAGAGAAGCGAGAAGCGGAGCAGAAAUCACGGGAAGAGAAGCGAGAAGCAGAACAGAAGGCACGGGAAGAGAAACUUCUCGCUCAACUAGAACAGCAAAAGCUCCGAGAAGAGAAGCGAGAAGCAGAACAGAAGGCACGGGAAGCAGAACAGAAGACACGGGAAGAGAAGCGAGAAGCAGAACAGAAGGAACUGCAAAUGAAACUUCUUGCCCUUUUAGAACAGAAGGAUAAUUCGAAAUGA